GUUUCAUACCUCUGUGCUGCGGAAGUGUGAUUCAGAGAGCGGUUUCUGCCCAGAGUGAGGACAGCAUCCGAAACUGACGCUCAGAACCGCCAGCAGAUCCAGCCUUCCUCUCCGGACAUCAUGAUAAAGCGCAAGCUGAGCUUUAAAUGGUUCGGGAGCCUUUCCAACCUCUCCUUCCGUCGCUCUUCAGACAAAGGAGACUCCAAGUCUGCCCUGAAGCACCAUGGGAGUUUGAGUGAAGCUCCAGUGGAGGAGAAGUCAGCGGAUGACAUGGACCUCUGUCCCCACACUGCCAGUUAUGCCCGGUCCAGUGACAUGUACACUCACAUGGGCACCAUGCCCCGCCCCUCACUGAAGAAGAAAGAAAAGAGCAUCAGAGGAUCUAAGAAGGCUAAAGGCAAGACUGAGCUGAGCAGGACACAGAGCCAAAAACAGACAGGGGACUAUGUCUGUGACUCGCCCCUGCUCAUGGCUUUAUCCGCACAGCGGACGCAAACCCUUGAGGGACCCCCUCAACCCCACCCCAUGCCUGACAGGCCUCUUCCCUGCGUGCCGACUGAAAAGCCACCAACAGACACUGACCUGAAAGUGGACUCGCCAGCAGAGAAGCAGCUGGCCAUCACACAAUCACAGACUCCGCUCAAUCCUGAUCCUCCUGGUAAACCAGAAAUGCCAGGGAAACAAUCACAACUGACCAGUCUGCCAAUGUCUGCCCCCACCCCGACAGCACCUACCAUCCUGACCUCUCAUCCUAACUCAGUGAAAGCACCUAGUGAGGGUAGCCUCUCCCAGGGUCCAAAUGAAGACCUACCAGCUAAUAGUCAUCCAGCAGCACCACCCAAGACGACCUGCCCUGGACAGAGAGAGGAAGAGCACUCAGACACAGCAAAGCAGGAACAGCUGCGAGAUAAAGACCUGAAGACAGAGCCUGAGACCAGUGACUUGGACUCCAUGGACAGCAGAGGUGAAUAUGUGAAGGGAGGUAGGUGGUCGGGUGAGGCUGGGGAAACUGAGGUCUUCAGAGAGAAUCAGUUCUCCAAGGAGAAGUACCUGCUGGACUCCCCACCUGAGAAGCUUCGGAAGGAGCUGGAGGAGGAGCUGAAGCUGAGCAGCAGUGACAUACGCAGUCAUGGCUGGUACCAUGGCCACAUCCCCAGAGAGGUGUCGGAGACGCUGGUGCUGCGGAACGGGGACUUCCUGGUCCGCGACUCGCUCACCAGCGCGGGCGACUACGUGCUGACCAGCCGCUGGACCCACGAGGUGCUGCACUUCAAGAUCAGCAAGGUGCUGGUGAAGUCCACCGAGUCGCGGGUGCAGUACGUGCUGGAGCGCGAGAGCUUCGACUCGGUCCCCGCCCUCGUCCGCUUCUACGUGAGCAACCGGCGGCCGGUCUCGCAGCAGAGCGGCGCUCAGAUCUACUGCCCCAUCAACCGCACCCUCCCCCUGCGCUACCUGGAGGCCACCUUCGCCCUGGCCAACGGCAGGCACGGCCUCGUCCACUCGCCGACCUGUCACAGAGGGGCUUACAUCAAGAGGCGGAGCGUCACCAUGACGGACGGGCUGACCACGGAGAAGAUGAUGCCUCACAGGGAGUCUUGUGUGCUCAGUGACGUGGAGGUGAGCGGAGCAGCAGAGUCACUGCCGUGGACAGGUCUGGAGGUGGACCUGGGGCACAGCCCUUCCACUGUUCACCACAAGGAGGCGAUGAGGAACUGUGCCCUCAGCAUGGAUCAGAUUCAGGAGUUUCGCUGCCCCCUGUCUCCAGUAGGAGAGACUCCUCUCUCUCCAGCAUAUAGCUCCAUCACUCGGCAUCGCAGCCCUUCAGGGGGGCGGGUGUUGAGUGUGAUCCCCUCCUCUCCAGUCCUCCGGCGCUCCAGCGAGCCGCAGCUCAGUCCCUCGUCCAAUAACAACGUGCCCUUCUCCGAACUGAACCCCAGCGCCCGCUCCACCCCCGCGCACGGCUACCCUGAGGGGGCCGGGGGCAGCUACUGCGAGCUGGGCCCCAACCCCGCCCCGGCCCCGGCCACGCCCGCCAAGAGCUACGUGGAGCGCCUUCGCGCGGAGGAGGGGCGGGGCGCGCCCCCGGGCAGGGAGGACGGCGGGGAGGUUUUCGUGGCCCCCCUGGUGGAGACCGCCUCCUCCUUCCGGCCCGGAACGUACCAGUCCCCGCUCAUGCCCGCGGAGAACAAGCCCCUGGAGAUGAGCAUCCUGAAGAGGGUGAAGGAGCUGCUGGCUGAAGUGGACGCUAAGACCGCCGCCAAGCACAUGACCAAGGCUGACUGCACGGUUGCUAGGAUACUGGGUGUUACCAAGGAGAUGCAGAGGAUGAUGGGAGUUGGCUCUGGGCUGGAGCUGCUGACUCUGCCGCACGGACACCAGCUCCGUCUGGACCUGCUGGAAAGGUUUUACACCAUGUCCAUCAUGAUGGCCGUGGACCUGCUGGGCUGUACAGGCAGCACAGAGGAGAGGGCCGCCCUGCUGCACAAGACCAUCCAGCUGGCGGCCGAACUCAAGAGCAACCUCGGCAACAUGUUUGGAUUCGCCGCCGUCAUGAGGGCUCUGGAGCUGCCGCAGAUCUCUCGGCUGGAGCAGACCUGGAUGACGCUGCGUCAGAGACACACGGAGGGUGCCAUCUUGUACGAGAAGAAGCUGAAGCCCUUCAUGAAGACCAUGAACGACGGACAAGAGAGCUGUGUGCUGUCAAACACGUCCUUCCCACAUGUGGUGCCACUGCUGUCGCUGCUGGAGAGGGGUGUGGCCAUUGGCGAGGCGGUGGAGCCAUGGGAGAGUAUGGAGUCGGGGGUUGACGUGGUGAUGAGUCACCUGGAGGCGGCACGUACCAUUGCACACCACGGGGGGAUCUACCGCACCAAUGCAGAGACCAAGCUACAGGACUUCCAGGAGAGGGAGGAGGUGCUGGAGCUCUUCCACACCGAGUUCCAGAUGCGUCUGCUGUGGGGCAGCCGGGGAGCAGAGGGGAGCCAGGCCGAGCGCUACGAGAAGUUCGACAAGGUUCUGACGGCCCUGUCCAACAAGCUGGAGCCCCCCAUCCGGCAGAGCGAACUAUAGCGCCCGCCCCCGUCCUGCGCGGGUGGGACGAGCGAGAGAGAACGGGGCAGCGGCGUUCAGAAAACGCACGCAGCGCUGAGAAAGGAGAGAGCAGCUUUGGACUGGUAAUAGGCACUAGGGGCGGGGCUUAACAGACCCUCUCGCCUAGCGGCCGCCCUGCCAGGAGGAGGAGCCGGGAGAGGAGGUGCCGCGUGACUCCAGAGGAACCUGAAUGGAGGAGGUCCUUUACCUGCCCUGCAGAAAGAGCCCGGGAGGAGUGUAAAUAUUUCUGCCAUCAAGCGUCUUUCAGAUCCAUCCGCCGAUCACUCGGCCUGCAGCCCCUGAUUAGCCACGCCCUCCCUGUUUCCUCCACUUACCUGCGCACUCCUGCGGUGUCGCUGCCCCCCCCCCCCCCCCAGUUUCACCUGCUGCUAUGUCAAGCACUUCUGAAACAAUCAAUAGAACUCACGGCUGCAGAAUCAUCAUCUCAGCUUGAACGGAGAGACGGCGCUGCUCUGUCCCAGGAGCGCACGGGCACGGGCACAGGCCACGUUCACCAUGCUCCUCCGCCCACGACAGUGCCAGGGAAGGUCAGCCCGCGGUCCGAGCCGUGCCGCGCCCUGCCGCUUAACCACAUCUCUCACACAGAGACUGGAAAACGUUUGAAUGUAUGUUGCCAAACCAAUGCCACAGGACGGCGCGUGUUUCCUGCACAUGCUCCGUCAUCGUCCUCACUCUCUCGGCUCCAGAGCGUGGCGAUUGUCUUGUCCCCUCGAGCCUUGCGGGGACCCCGCUUCACAGACGCUCCGCAUUCGCUCGCCCCCUCAUCCUCAGGUCUCCCAGCUUGUUUCCCGCAGUAUUCCACUUCUCACACAUUUCUGUCCAAAUGAACAAGCCUCAGCCCAGAUCUGUUCUUUUCAGCCCGGCCCUGUCCCAGUUUCCCACUGUAUAAACAGCAUGGAAGAACAGGGAAUUGCACAACCGAAUGUUGCUGGUGUCGUGAUUCCUCAGAUCACCCUGCCGCCAACACGUUUCCUCAUGACUGCAAGAGAAGCUACUGCUAGCAUGAUAAUGAGCACUCUAGCUUGCGUGUAAAUGACUGUACAGUUUAAAGUAUUUAAUUUGUUCCGUUGCAAUCCCAUUUGCAAGCACAUUUGUUUUUUGGACGUCGUCCAAUCCUCACUAAAUUCCAACCCCAAGAGCUGUUGUUUUUUUUGUGUGAGAUUUUGCUGUUGCCGUGGUGUCCAGGUUAAUAUGAUUCUUGCUGAAAUUGUGUAAGUGUUUUUCUUUUUUUCCCCCCAGGCUGAAUUGAGAUGAGUUGAAUUGAUCUGUGAAUGAGUUUUUUUGUGUGUAGUUUGUUUUUGGGACUGGUCAUGCAGUUAGCCUACAGAAAUGACAGGGCAUGCAUUUCACACUGCACAUUUGCUUUCCCAGACAGUGGUGGUCACUGACCCAGUGAUUGGUGCAUAAUACAGACUGUUCACUUGUGGCGAAAAUGCCGGUGGUAAAUGGUUUAUUAAAACAUCAGUGGUUUAUUCCUGCGGUGAAGCGGGGGAGCAUUUUUAGAAUGGUGGGUACAAUGUCUGGCUACAGUGUCACUCACUCUUCACCACUCAAAACAAUAUUCUCCUCUCAAAGGUUUUGUCUCUGUUUCCCUGAUCUUAAUGUGAAUGUGCAUAUUGAAACAUGACUGUUUUAGCGGUUGAUAUUUUAAGGAUUUUUAAAACAAAGAUAUUAACACAUACCGUAUAUGCUUUAUCACCAAACAUCCAUUUUAUACACCAUUGCUAAGAUCCAUUCCAGCUGCAUGGGUAUCCAGUCCUACAGGUUUGCACAGGUGAGCCUGUACCCACAAUGCCCCUGUCUGUGAAACUCAGGAGUUCAGCUGAGACAAAGACUGCAUUUUCUUGCUACGAAUGCAACAGGACCAACAGUUUUUACCAACAGUUCUUGUCACCUUUUAUCCACAAUUUCAAGAAAUGAUUUCAGCCAAAUUGUCUUUAGCAGUCCCUAUUUCCUGAUUUACUUCUGGAAUUGAAAAGCCAUGUUCACAAAUGUGGAGCUUUUUAUAAAAAGAUCAGUCCAAAAUUUCAGGAAUUCAGUUUAUUAUUUCUGUCGAGUAAU